AUGACUUCGAAACGCAAUUCACGACUCUUCGUGGACGAGCCUACGCAUACCAGAGAAAGCCAACAAACACCCAGCGCCACACAAUUCCGUUCAAGACAGGGUUCCCGAAGCUCUACAAGAGAAGAAACGAUGCAAGAAGUAGAGGAAGCCCUCUUUAAUGGCCGCGAUGCCACAAAUGUCAGCCGAUCCGGGAGCCUUUCCGCCGUCAAUAUGGAAGCAUCCCUAUCAACCUCUUCAAGAACUAGCAAUUCGAGUGCGCCCUUCAAUGGCCGGCCUCACAAUUUUGGCGUUGUCAUUCCAGGCGUUUACCGAAGUAGCUUUCCUAGGUCUCACGAUUUUGAGUACCUCAAGGGUCUGGGCCUCAAGACCAUUGUCACGCUUGUCAAGAAGGACGAACUUGAUCACGAUCUAGAGACAUUCGUCCAGCGUGAAGGUAUUCGACAAGUCGUCUUCAACAUGAAGGGCACAAAGAAGGAGGCUAUCCCUCUGGGCACAAUGAAGGCCAUCCUCAGUAUCGUCCUCGACAAGUCAAAUUACCCUCUGUUGAUUCACUGCAAUCACGGAAAGCACCGAACUGGAUGCGUUGUCGGAGUUGUCCGAAAGAUCGCCGGCUGGAACGCUGAGAGCGUCGUCGCAGAGUACAAGAGCUACGCCGAGCCAAAGGCCCGUGAGUGCGAUGUCAACUAUCUUGAUGGCUUCCAGAUCUCAAGUUUGGGAAUCUCGAAUCCCAUCCCCAACAUGACAAAAGAUGUCUACAAGAAUCGCAGUCGGUUUCAACCUCGCACAUUUUUUCGAGCCGUCUUCCUCACAGCCUUUGUCUUGCUGUUGUUCUUCAUGUCAGGAUCAAAACUCAGCACAGCGACAAGGCCUGACCAUCUUCUUCUCUGA